ACUAAUUGAUCUGAAGGAGAAGGAAUGUAGGCAGGAGGCAAGCUGUUCACAGUGAAGUCUCUCGCAGCAGCUCUGAAGAUGUUCCUGCUACUUUCAUUCCUCGCAGUUAUCUCAGGCAUUUGCCCCAUGACAACCAAGGAGGUCUAUGUCAGAACUGGUGACCUGGUGAUGCUGCAAUGUGGCAAGUGUAAAUAUGAUGGUACUGUCGUGCUUUGGAAACUGGAGGCUGGCCAAAAGACACAACUCUACAGCAACAUGUCAGCGUCCGAGCAGCAGCGGCUUGGUUUGGUUCUGUUUCAGGACAGCCUUGUGAUUCUCAGUGCCACUUUAAACCAUCAGGGGAAUUACUCGUGUGGUCCGCUCAGGAACACCGGGUGCCAGAUGGAGUUCAGGCUCACAGUAUACUCAGAGUUGUCCAGAGAGGCUGAGUUUGGAAACAGAUACAGUCAAACAUGUUACAAAAACCAAACCUGCGAACUGAACUGCCCUGAAGAAAACCUCCCCAUUCUGUGGGAGCUGCUGGGAAUCGCAUGGCACAAGGACAAUGGUGAGAUCUCAGAAGAUUACUUCCUAAAUGUUGAUGUAGAGAAAAGUGGAGUCUACAUCUGCACCAGGUCUUUCUUGUAUUCUGGUCAAACAUACAACACUUCCUUCACAGUGGUGCUUGAUGUCCAAACAGAAAAGCCUCUGACAAACUUAGGAAUCUUUUCACCAAUGAAUGGUAAAGUUUUUGAAGUAGAGCUUGGCAAAACAGCAGAGAUUACUUGUACGGCCCUCAUAGACUCUAGCGACGGUUCUUCGCUGUUCUGGUUGAGAAACGACGAAUUUGUGGAAAACAACGACACCCUUCGUUACUUCUACAACGAUACAUACUCAAAAAACACGUCGGUGGACGACGUCAUUUGGGUGAGCGCAACUUUAGUCUUCAGAGAAGUGUUGGAAGAGGAUCUGUCUGCAAAAUUCAGCUGCAAACUGGAAAGUGCUGAACUCACACGCUUCGUCUCAGUCACCCUGGAUAAAACAGCUGGCCCUUCAGCAGUUAUUCUAACUGCAUGCGUCGCCUGCAUCGUGGUGGUGAUGGCUGUGAUUGUUGCUACAUAUGUGAAGUUUAAAAUUGACGUCACACUUUUCCUAAGAGACAAACUUGGUUCUAGCGGUUGCCAGAACAACAAGUCAGAUGAAAAAAGCUACGAUGCGUUUUUGAUGUGUUAUAAAAGCGUCACUGAUGAAGGACUGAGUGAGGAAGACAGAAAAUGCCUGGCGAGUACUUUGGAAGAUGAGUUUGGUUACAGCAUCUGUCUUUUUGAUCGAGAUGUCUUACCUGGUCAAGUUGCAGCCCAGGCCGUGUUGGACUGCAUAGAGCAGAGCCGGGCUGUGGUUUUGGUUCCCAGCUUUCCAGAUCCUGAACCAGGAAGUGCAGUGCUAAGCGCCAUCCACGCUUCUCUAGUGGAGCGGAAGACUCGCUUGAUUUUCAUAAACACAGAGCAGACGGAGGCGUCGGCGUCAGGUUCGUUUCCAGAGGCUUUGCAGCUUCUGAGUAAAGCUGGGAACAGUGUCACCUGGAAGGGACGGCCGCCCUGCACCUCCUUCUGGAAGCAGCUGCGUUAUCACUUACCGGCCCCACAGCAAACACCAAAAAUGCAACUUUUAUCACAUGAUUGCUAAGAUAAUGGGUGUCGUGGAGGCACAGGGGAAAGUGUGACCCAUGUAUGGACUCGGCCAUCGCGGGUUCGAGUCCCGGCCUGACGACUUGUGCUGCAUACUUUCUCAUGAGCCACUUUCCUGUCUGGCAACUGCUAAAUAUUUACCUAAAAGCUUGGAUGAUACCUGAUACCACCUUUAACAGAGCAAAGGGCCAAAACAGACAAUCUCAAAAAGACUGCAAUGAGCUCCAAGAACAACUGGAAGCUUCUUGGUGAGAAAGUGACAGCUGUUGGAGCAAUUACUGAAAAAUGGAAAAAAUACUAAAUUACCAUCGUUCACCUUGUGUUUGGAGCUUCAUUUCUGGUCUUGACUAUAGACCAUAAAAGGUGGAACCUUGAAUUAGAAAUCUAUUGAUGAGUCCUGGAUGAGUCUUCCAGCAAUAAAUGUAGAUAUAAUGCUAAAAGAAACAUGAAGGGGCCAGAGGUGCUUUAUGGUUAUGAAUUAACCAGUCUCGAUAUCUUUAAUCCUGCAGAAAAUCUGCAAAUUCAAAUUAGGCUUUGCUAAGGGAUAAAAACUGUAUUCUAUUCAACAGUCAAACAUUGUUAUUGUUCAUGUAAUUUAUGUUUUUCCUGACUGAAUUACUAUUGUUCUGUUUCCCCUUGUUUAAGUGAAACUGCCCUACAUCUAUGAGACAUUAGAAAGUUCUUUUGUUUAAAAGUAAGUAGCAGAAAAACUGCAGGGAUCAAUGUAUCACCUUUAGUCAUCCAAGUAAUGGGAUUUCAUCACAAUAUGACUGAGUAGUAAACUUUAUCUGUCAUGUGUUUUGCUGUUGCUGCUUACGCCGCCCAAGUUACUCUAUGCAAAAAGAAUAGCAGUCGUUCUGACCAGCUAAAAUAUGUGCCAUGGUUUUUGUCUUCCUGAAAAUGAUUUUAAGUUUUUCUUUUCCUUCACUUGAUGGCCCUUUACGCUGCUGUACGAGCAGAUCUUGUCUUCUAAUUUAGAUUUUAUUGAUGAUAUGACUUAUUGUGUUUUUUUUAGAAUUAACAGCUUUUCAUCGCUGUCAAUUCUAUAUUCUUUUGCUAAGAUUUCUUCAACAUGUUUUCACUGAAUCGUGAAUAUCUAGUCAAAAUAACUUCCAUCCAUCCAUUAUCUGUGCACCCUUGUCCCUUUUGGUGCAGCUGCGUUCCGGGCGAGAGGCGGGGUACACCCUGGACAGGUCGCAGUCAAAAUAACUUUCUGUCCACAAAUGAAGUCCCAGAACUGUAAAAUGUGAAGAAUGUGUGACUUUGCUCAUUGUAACCUGUUUAUAUGAAAGCUGCCAAAAGGCAUGAAAAGUGUAAGACAAAUGAAAGGUUUUUGUUUGAAUACAUACAUAAUCUUAUUUCUUUUUUUUUUUUUAUGAUGUUAAUUUACUAGUAGUAAUAAUUUUGAUUAUUGAUUAGUAAAAACUUUCUGGAAUAAAGUAUAUUCAAUUUGUUUUCACCA